AUGCCUUAUCAUAAAAGUUCGAAACAUUCAGCCCAAAAAAUGGUUGAAAGAACAAAAGCGUAUCAAGAAAAAAAGAAAACUGAGCUCUCUGAUUUUAUUGAAGAGCUUGCAAAUACUCGACAAAAGACAAACUUGCGGAAACGCGAGGAACUAGAAUUAAAAUGCGAUAAUCAUAAAAAUGCAGUGGUGAUGGAGUGGGUGAAAUACAGUGAUUUAUUAGAGGGCAAGGUAUUUGCUUCGGUUGGUUGGUCUAGCUGGUGG